AUGGACAGCCAUCUGAGACGCCAUUUGAGCAGAGUUAUCCUUCAAACCACUUUUCUGUUGACUCGACAAGAGCUUGGCUGGAUCCUUACUGAAAAUCUCACCAGUAAAACCAAAAUUUCUAUCUGGGCACCUGGACUCAACUUAAUUUGGGAUAUACCAAAAUCUACUCUCUACUCUAGAAUGAAUUUAUUCCGGAGUUUAAUUCUCGCUCCGAGGCUCUUUGUCUGCUUCCUGGCUGAAGUCAUACUUCUCAAGUUAAGCCAUGAGCAUCGCGAUCUCCAAGUCUCGGGAUCGAACUCAAGACUCGGGCGCAUAUGCACCGGGGCUGUUGAAAGAGAAGAGUUCGCUCAAGACAUCGCGACACGAAUUGCCUCUGCUGAAGACAUCUUAUGGAGCCCUGAAGAAUCUCUAUCUGAGGGUGAAUAUGUUAUCCCACGCGGCUUUCUCCUCCUAAGCUCACAAUAUACUUCCAAACGUUUGGCAAGGAUCGCUCGAGAAAGGUCACCACGACCCUUCAAGAAGGAUGCUGAAGCCGAUAUGGUUGUCAAGACUUUGACGAGGAGAAGAGGCACAAAGUCUGUCUGA